AUGUUCCACCAGAUCGCUAUAAAUGACCGUCGGGAAGGCGUCUCCGAGCUGUCAUCAUGGAGAACGUCCACGUACAUGUCGUUGCAGCUCUGAUCAUUGCAGCUCUUGGCGCAGGGGGCGAUUUAGUCAGAUCAGAUCAUGUCAGCAGGCUGGACGCCCGACUCGAAUCUCUGGAACGUCAGCUUUUGGCACUCAACUCAACACUCCAAAACAGAAUUUCCAGGACGGCUGUGGCAUUCGAGGUAACCUGCAACAGGUCACCUUUUACCCUCUACACCAAUGAAAUCUACAAGUGCGACUCAGUAACCCUAAACAUUGGCGGGGGCUACCACGCAGCUACUGGUAUAUUUGAGGCUCCAGUGUCCGGCACCUAUCUGUUCUGGGCUAGCAUUCUACCGUAUAACGGACAUUCCGUGUACGCGAUUCUGUACAAAGAAGGAAGAAGUCUGGGUCUCGCUCACGCCUCUGUAGGGUCUGCUGCGAGUUUGUCAUACAUUGUUAGGCUCACGCGAGGACAGAAAGCGUGGUUUCAAAACCUCAAACAAACAUCCAUCUGGGGGUUUAAACACUCGACUUACGGAGGAACCUUGAUUCAUCAGCUGUAACAUGGUUUCCAUGGUUACUUGACUCAUCAGCUGUAACCAUGUGACAUCUUCCUGUCCGGAUUAAAUAUGAAUAAAGAAACAGUCUAUA